CCCAUAUUGUGAGGGGUUUUUAUGCUCUUGAGACAGACAGACAGCAACAGCGAAAAAAGAUCGGUCUAGCCUUCUGUCAGACUUCUAGCUAAAUAAGGUGCGAGCUCACUGAAUGAUUCUAUCAACAUUUUCUUUAUAGAAUGAUUUGCAAUCACAUGAACUUCAGCCAGCAAGCUCAGCAUUAGUUUGCCAACUCUAGUCUGUGGUGUUGUUGGUUGAUGUUGUUGUAGUAAGCUGCUUUGGCAAACUGCCCAUAUUCAUUUUUCCGUGUAUCUGAAGCUACAAACUGAAAGUCUGAUAUGGAGGAGACUGCUACAACGGAGGAAGCCGAGGAGUUAAAAGCCUCUAGCGAGGCCAUCGCCUUUCUGUCCAGCAUAAGGGCUGCGGAGAUGCAGCGUUGUCUGUUUGAAGACUCUCUGGUGACAAUGUCCGAGGGGGGCAGAGAGCUGGGAGAGUUUAAGGUGACUUUGGAGAGGACCAUUUGCAGGGAGCAGCCUUGCCUGCUGCUGCACGCACACAGCCAUGGAUCUAUUGACAACACUCCCUGUGGUACAGCCAUCACUGCCUACCUUUCUUUGAACCUGGAGACCCUGGAGCAAAACCACCACGAGUAUGUCAAGCUUCAAGACCACCGAUUGGACAGGAGGUGUCACAUGGUCCAGCAUGAUGGACAGCUGGUGGUGAACAAAAUCACCACUGUGGGAGAGGAGAUAAGGAGGCAGACCUUGUCGUACCCUCUGUCCUCUGUGAAGGGGUUAGUGUCCGAGGGCUCUAACCUGCUGCUGCUGAGGGUAUUCGCUCUGAGGAAGAACGUCCCGGAAAACAUGACCUUCCUGUCCUUCGACCAGGACACACACAUAUCCACCUCCACAUACAGGGAGCUGGGGUGCAGGCAGCAGACGGUGGGAGAGGAGGUGGUGGAGGUGUUUGGGAUGGAGAGGACGGUCAACUCGGUGGAGGACAUCCCAGCCAUGUGGCACUGCUACUUCCUGCCUGACGGGCAUCUGGCUAGCCGAGUGCAGGUGGGCUCUCCUGUGACCAUGAGGCUCUUGCUACUCCCGCUCCAAACACACACAGAGGUGAGGGAUGAUAAGCCUGUGUUUGAGAAGAGGUCUCUGGUCUGGGAGGAGGACAUGCAGAUGCACUCCAUGUUCCUGGACAGAAAGGAGGAGUUGAAGGCGGAGCAUGCCUCGUACCUGCGGCAGCACCCGGAGCUCCGCACUAUGAUGGCCGACUUCCUGCAGUUUUUGUUACUACGGAAACCGAGCGACGUAUUUGUGUUUGCCCGCGAGUACUUCUCCCCAUUCGCCUCCCUCCAACCCCCGGGGAGCACCUUCAACACCUCCUCACCCUGAGGAUGCACAGUUCAGAUGGAGGAAAGGGAAUGAAGAGAAGAAGCCUCUUUUGAGAUUCAGCCCAGUUCUCUUUAAUAGGUUCUGUCUUUCAUCUUUUUUUUCUCUUUUUUUUUGCCCUUUUUCUCCCCAAUUGGUAGUUACAGUCUUGUCCCAUCCCUGCAACUCCCGUACAGACUCGGGAGAGGCGAAGGUCGAGAGCCAUGUGUCCUCCGAAACACAACCCCGCAAAGCCGUACUGCUUCAUGACACAAUGCCCGCUUAACCUGCAAGCCAGCCGCACCAAUGUGUCGGAGGAAACCACGUACACCUGGCGACAGUGUCAACGUACAUGCGCCCAACCCGCCACAGGAGUCACUAAAGCGCGAUGGUGACGCGAUUGUGCACAGCUUCAAAGCCUUAGACCGCUGGGAGGCCCUCCGUCUUUCAUCUCGAGGGACAACUGAACUAUUUAUUAGUGUUUUUUGCAAUAAGGCAGAGCAGUGGUUAUGAAGUAAAUAAGAUGAGGAAAGGGAGCACUUGUAGAUUAUAGGGAAAUAGAUAAGGAAUUCUAGGAGCUCAUUAUCAGCUUCAGUGUGUGUGUGUGUGUUGUCAUUUUAAAUUUCAAUAAAGCGUAAUGUUUUAUUUAAGCAAAAUGUGCGUUGCGUUAAUUAAAUUGAACAUAAAAAAGGCCCUAUAUUCUUUGUACCCGGAAGAGAGAUGACUUGACAAUUUGAGAGUACAUUUUUUUCAAUGGGUCAUGUUACUGUAGAACUAAUGAGCGUGCAUUAUAAUGACAUACUGAUACUCCAAUCUUCAAACCGAAAGAAAACAGGACAGCCCAUCCAAGGAGUCCGGUGGCAGCAAUAUUUCGCCCCCCCAAAAAAUAUAUAGCCUACAUACGGUAUAUUGCGACAGUUGUGUGAAUUGUGUAAUAAAUACCAUUUUAAAUAACACAAGCAUAUUGCUAUUACAUUGUUAUAACUAACUUCUUUCUAAAACAAGGUUUUCUCACAUACUCAUAAGCAGAAACUGAGACCCACACACACCAGAGACAGAUGGCUGACACAGAACAUUCAUAAACACUGAUAAGGCAGGAAAGGCCUUGAGCAAGAGUGCUUGGGUCUGCAUUUCACGAAAUAAUGAGACACACACAUAACCAAGGACAGAGGGCUGACAUAAACCUUUCAUAAACACCGAUUAAAUAGGAACAUCUGCGCACACACCUAAUCUCCUGUUUUAGCUGAACAUUUGGUAACAAAGAACUUUUGAUGCAAGACUCAGAAGGAUGACGCACAGCUCAUCCGGACCAAUCUGAGAAGACAACAACCUGAUCAGGACCAACCAGAAAACCAGAUCUACCAGACUCAACCUACUUUCUGUGCUGUAUAAAAUGACUAUGUAUUUCUGUUAUCUGGGCUCUGUCUGCAGGUUCCUUACGAGCUGAAUGAACGAGUCCAAGCACGCUUGUAUCAGAUA